AUGGAGGUGGGAUCAGGUGUGGAGCAUGGAAGUGGGAUCAGGUGUGGAGCAAGGAGGUGGGGUCUGGUGUGGAGCACGGAAAUAUGGGGUCAGGUGUCAAAAACAAGGAGGUGGGGUCAGGUGUGGAGCAGGGAGGUAGGGUCAGGCGUGGAGCAAAGAGGUGGGGUCUGGUGUAGAGCAAGAAAGUGGGGUCAGGUGUCAAAAACAAGGAGGUGGGGUCAGGUGUGGAGCAGGGGGGUGGGAUCAGGUGUGGAGCAAGGAGGUGGGGUCAGGUGUGGAGCAGGGAGGUGGGGUCAGGUGUGGAAACAAGGUGUGGGGUCAGGUGGGAUCAGGUGUGGAGGUAAAGGGAGGGUCAGGUGUGGGCAGGUGGGGUCAGGUGUGGAGCAGGGAGGUGGGGUCAGGGUGGAGCAGGGAGGAGGGUCAGGUGUGGAGCAAAGGAGGUGGGGUCAGGUGUGGAGCAGGGAGGUGGGGUCAGGUGUCAAGGAGGUGGGGUCAGGUGUGGGAGGUGAGGUCAGGUGUGGAGCAAGGAAGGUGGGGGGAUCAGGUGUGGAGGAGGUGGGUCAGGUGUGGAGCAGGGAGGGGUGGGGUCAGGUGUGGAGCAGGGAGGGGGGAGUCAGGUGUGGAGUAAAGGAGGUGGGGUCAGGUGUGGAGCAAUGA